UAAAUAAGGAAAGAAACAAAGGCCACUUUUUAAUAGAAUUUCAGCCGCCGUUCUAUUAAACCUAUACUCUUCCCCAUUUGACGCCCAUCUUGGUAUUUUCUGGCGUCUCCAAAUCCACCUGCUCGUGACUCGCGAGUCGUGAGCCCCUCACUCUCUCUCCGGUAAAGCUCGGCCACCAUCUCCGAGCUUUUCCAUAAACCCUAAUUUUUCAAAUCCCCAAACACCUCCAUUCCUUUCCUCAGCUGUAACCCGGCCUUUCAAUUCACCUUUCCCUUCCUCGCUUCAUUGUCUUGCACAACCGAAAUGGCAUCCAUCGUUUGCUAGGGCUCUCUAGAUCAACUUUAUCAGUCUCCGAGAGCACACUGCAUCACGUCUUCACCUACCUAAUCAAAUUCGUAGUCAUGGCUAUCCGCGUCACGCUAAGCUUCUCCGGCUAUGUCGCCCAAAACCUAGCAUCCUCGGCAAAUCUCCGGGUCGGAAAUUGCCGAGGAUUUCACGAAUGCUGGGUCAGGUCUCGGGUAUUCGGAUCAAACCAAAAGCCCGAAUUCGACCCCUCCGUCCCCGUCCGCAAGUACCACCAGACCCAAUUCUCCCGUUCGAAGCCGAGCUCGCUGGCCGCUAAGACUUUGCCGUCCUUGUACACAGCCCUCGCCGAAGAGAUUGUCGGCGAGAGUUCCAAGAGCCCGAUCGUCUUGGGCUUGAUCUCGCUUCUGAAGUCAACGGCUUUCGUUGCGGGUGUCUCUUCAGCUCCGUCUGCUAUGGGUAUUUCGCCGUUCAAACCCGGUUCGAUCAUGCCUUUUUUACAGGUCUCCAAGUGGCUUCCCUGCAACGAGACUGUUCCGGUGUCUAUAUUGAAGGAAGUGGACAAAGGCGGAACCUUGUGUGUGGAUGAGGUCGCUGAGGUCCCGCGGUUGACUAAAAAAGAAUUGGGGAGGAGCGGUUUCUUAUCGCGCUUGUUGAAUUCUUGCUCGGAGGACGCUAAGGCUGUGUUCACUGCUGUCACUGUUAGUGUCUUGUUUAAGUCCUUCUUGGCCGAGCCCAGAUCGAUUCCCUCCACUUCUAUGUACCCUACUCUGGAUGUGGGUGAUCGCGUUUUAGCCGAGAAGGUUUCAUAUUUCUUUAAGAAGCCUGAGGUUUCAGAUAUAGUAAUUUUCAAGGCACCUCCAAUCUUACAGGAAAUUGGUUAUAGCUCAGGCGAUGUAUUCAUUAAAAGAAUUGUGGCUAAGGCUGGAGAUUGUGUUGAGGUUCGCAAUGGAAAAUUGCUGGUAAAUGGUCUUGUUCAAGAUGAACAUUACAUAUUAGAGCCGCUUGCUUAUGAAAUGGAUCCAGUGCUCAUUCCAGAAGGCUAUGUCUUUGUAAUGGGAGAUAAUCGGAACAAUAGUUUUGACUCUCAUAACUGGGGUCCACUUCCUGUCAAAAACAUUCUUGGCAGAUCAGUAUUUCGCUAUUGGCCUCCCUCCAAAGUAUCUGACACCACAUAUGAACCACAAGUAGCAGACAAUGCUGUUGCAAUUUCUUGACACAUUGCCCUCUGUUUGCUGGGGGGAGGACCUCAGAAGAUUUUCUUCUUCUCUUUAUCAAGAUAUUGAAUUUGUUUACACCACUCUCUUGGUUCGUUGUUGGGCACGUUGAACGUGCUUUGGAUGGAUAUCUUAUCCGUCAGUCUGUGAAUCUGUAUGACUUUUAAACUUACGUUUGACAAGAGAGUGGGGAAAAAAAAGAUGAAGCUAAGCUAUCAUUUUGUCUGAUUCAUCAAUUACUUUGUUCAUAUAUGUUUGGAGGUUCAGCUGCUGCCAUACAUGAGGUUUUAGCACCUGUGAGAGACCAAAUAUCUGAAGGGAAAGAUAUGGCACCGCUCGUGCUGAGUGAAGGUAUGAUUCUGAUUGCCUUUGAAGCUGGUGGGGAUGCGGUGAGAUGGAGAUGGUAGAUGCAGAUGGUUCUUUACAGGAUACGCUGAAAGCCUCGGCAGAUGAAUUACAUUGGACUCCCUUUUCCUGUUGCCUGUAGGAUUGCUUCCAAGCAUCUUUGUAAUGACGUCUUUGGAGUUGGAGUUUUGCUGUUCCAACUUGCAUUUUAUCAAGACGCAUUCAUUAUCUGUGUAAAUCGUUUUUGGUUAGUAAUUCAGAUCAACCUGCUUUUGAUUGAGUUGAUCGUACUAUUACUAUUAUUUUUACUGUUGUUGUGAUAAAGCCUACAGCGAACAAUGUCAAUUUUAACAUUUUUCUGGUUUUGUUGAUCAA